CGAAGUGAGAUACUGAAAACAAUAUGGCGGGAUGAGAUGAACCGAAUAGAAUGGAAUAAUUUUUGACAUGGAGUUUUAAGUAUCUUAAGUGUUAAAAAUGACAUGACAUGUUUGUAGUAGUUAAUGUUUGAUCUUAUUUAACCUAUUCAUCAGAAGCCAUGUGUGACCACUGCGCAGAAGUUCUUCAGCUAAUAGAUAGUUACGAAGAACGAUGCCUUGGUGGUUUCCAUAUGAACAAAAGAGAAGUUCUCUCUUUUGUGAGCUAUGCCAACACGUGGCCCCAAAGGCAGUGCAUGUGCUGUUUCAAGAACUUGAAAAAUUUUGAGAAGCUGAACAACAUGGUUCAGGUAAUAUGCAGUGUGGCUAUCCGAGUGAUCCAAACCAUGCCAGAGGACUUUGAUAAGGAACAACAGAAGGAGCAAGAAAUUAAAAAGGAAGAAAAAAAGGAGAAAAUUUUAGAGGCUAAAGAUGUAGAAUCUACAAUACAAGGAGAAAAGGAGAUUGCCAUGGAUACAGAUGAUGAAUCAGAAGAUCCAGAGCGAUGGAGCAUGGAGGAGAAGGAAAAACUGCUCCACUUUGUGACCAAAAUCUUUCUCCUAAACUUUCCUUCCUAUAUGGCAUACAAACACAUGUACCAUUCCUCACUUGAGGAGCUUUCACAGCAAGAGACAAGUGCUUUGAAUAACUAUUGUGAAGUGUCGGAUCCAGAAGUGCCAUUAUUUCUUCUCCGAAAUGUGUGCUUUUUCUGCGACAGUAAUGGAAUUGGAGCUUUGAAACAGUGCUUUGAGAAAGCCACACCAGAUUCACUGCCGUUCACAUUUGCCCACAUCCUCAUCACACUUAUUGCAAAUCUACGACUAUGGAUGAAUAUUCCAACAGUGAUGCAAUAUAUUGUUCCACUCAGAACAGUUGUAAUAAGAUAUAUGUGUAAGUUGUCCGAUAAAGAUCUGCGAAUGGCAGGAAACAGAAACAUGACAGAGUUAAUGUGGGCUGCCGUCAAGGAACCACUGGAGACUCACUUUCAGUUUGACAAGGAGGGGUUAGAUCUUGCCUUCAAGUACUUCACCUGCUCCACUCUCACCAUAAGACUGGCUGGAAUCGCUCAAAUCAAUAACCAAAUCAACCUUUACAAUGAAAGUUGUAACAAUGAAACACUAAUGGACACUGAAAGCUAUGUAGAGAGAGUUGGAUACCAGUUAUCACAAUGGCUCCUGGACAACAAAAUAAUUGAACACAUAUUUGGACCUAAUCUUCAUAUUGAGCUUAUAAAACAAAGCCAGUUGAUUCUGAAUUUGUUAGCUGUGGAAGGAAAGAUUACCAAUGAUCAUAUUGACUGUAUAUGGGCAUCAAGUCAGUUGAAGCACUGCAGUAAACAAGUGUAUGAUAUCCUGAUACCUUUGAUAAAAAACUUGGAACUCCAGCCUGUGCAACACCUGUUAAAGCUAGUGUCAGUGCUGGAACCCACAGCUCAUAAUGAAUCGACCCUCUACCUGGCGUCAGCCCUGGUGAAGUGUGUCUGGAACACCUGUGCUAUCAGUCAGUCCGCCCACCACCACGGCCCCCUCCCAGCCACCCUGGCUUCACUUCAGCAAGAGGAGGAUGAACUUCAUCAUGGGAAGGUAGGAAAACAUGAGAUGAGUAGUAGUGACAGCAUACAGGUGUCAGAUGAUGAAGGCCAUUUACAGCUGGUUGAUGUUCAGGUCCGAUCCCCAAAAAAGGUCCAGAAAUUAAUCAUCCGACAUGGACGGAUACACAAACAUCACCAUGGACACUGUUGUCAUGGUGACCAUGAAGAUGAUUCUGAUGAGGAAUGUCAUGUCCACAGUGAUGGAAGUGAGGCUGAUUCAGAAUGUGAAAGACAUGUUCCUCAUCCAAGAAGGGUCCCCCGAGUGGCUCAUGACACAGACGGGAGUGAAAGUGAAGUGGAUGAGGAAUCCAGCGAGGAAGAGGAAGAACUGGAAGAGGGAGAAAUAUUACAAAAUCGGCUCAAUCAGCAAAGGAUGAUGGGAGUUCAAAGACAGGGAAGAUUUGUAAAAGGUCAGCCUCGCUUUCAUCCUCAGAGGACUCAAGCUUCCUCCGAGGAAGAGGAGGAGGAAGAUGAUUCUGAGUAUAUAGACUCAGAGGAAGAAGAACAUCUAAAAGAGGCCAGAAUUGUCCAGAUGAAGCACAUGCACCAGCAGCAAGGGCAGGAAAGUGAGGAAAGCUCAGAGUUUGAAGAAGCAUUGCAUGAUGGGAAAAUGAGUCAUCAGAUGGCCCAGAAGAUUUUGCAGAAGCAUCAUUUACAGGAGCAGCGCAGACAGAUAGAGCUUCAACACAGUCAGCAAAGGCAGCGCCGUAGAAGAAUGGCAGGGGAUUUGAAAGGUGGUCCAGUUAAAAAAGAAGGGAAAGAAGGAGGGGGACAAGGGGAGAAUGAGGAGGUACUGAAGCCUACAGUGGGAGGAGCAGCUGAUAAAAGUGGGGAGCAGUUGACAAUAGGGGAAGCUAGUACAAAACAGAAGACAGAAGAGACUGAAUAUGAACCCCUGACUGCUACUAUGGAGCAGGGACUUAACAAGGACCAGGAAACUGAAAUAUUUGAUUGUACCCAGUUUAUACAAUCAGCUCAAAAGAAAAAGAGACGGACUGUAGAUGGUGAGGAAGUUGAUGAUAUAAUGUCUCCUGACGAUGGUGAAGGUAGUUGCCAUAGCUCUCGAAUGAGCACCAAGUCGGAGAAAAACAUGGCAGACUUUGAAGGAGAGGAUUUUAUCAGUGAUGAGGAACUGGCACGAAUUAAUGGACCAUAUAAUCAACAUCAAAUGCAGCAUCUAGCCUCCAUGUUCCAGACUCACCUACCACAUGGCAAAGAUGUACUGCAUCACCGUACUCCUGCAAAAGAAACCAGCCUGAAGAGCUGUUCUGAAUUCUCCAUUGAUAAUGUUUGUAAGAAAGGCAACACACUUCUAUGGGACCUAGUACAGGAGGAUACCUGUAAUUUACUGCCAGAGGGUCUGGCUAAUGAAGCAGAAAAGGCCCUGUGUACCUUAGUGUGUUAUUCCACAGAUCGCAGAAUUCGAAGGAAGUUCAUAGAAGCUUGUAUAGAAAACUUAGCUCAUAACAGGUCGGUUGUUGUGUCACUGAGACUUUUGCCAAAGGUGUUCAGCUCUUUCCAGCAGUUCAGGGGCGGGGCAGAUACUCAUCAUGUUACUCUAUGGGCAGAGAAAGAUCUGAACAUGAUGUCACACUUCUUCAUUAAUCUAGUCCACUACACAGAAAAGGUCCAAGCUGGGGAGAAAAACCCAAUGUACAGUCACAAGGAGGAAAUUCAAGUGAGGCUACUGUUUUUAACCUGUGUCUUUUCUUCAGUUGUGUCCCCUGAUGGAUUUCGGCUGAACUUAGAACAGGUGGACACUCUAUGGCGGUGUGUGGCCCUGGAUGAGGAAUGUUCUGAUGACUGCCUCAACUGGUUCCUCAAUCAGGCCAAGAGCAAGGACCAUCAUGCACUCUGUCUAGAAACAUUUAAACAUAUAUUCUUGGAAAAGAUGCCUCAGCUAAAGGCAGAAACAAUGAGUAUGGUAGGUCUAAACUUGUUCCAGCAGCUGUCACACCUGACACGAAUGGCAAACUCCUCCUUUGAUGAGCAACUGUCUGAAAAUCAGGUGUGUGGUAUGGACCAGCUGUGGAGUAUUGCCUUGAGGGCCAAUAACACGGAUGUUAGUAUGACAGCCAUUCAGAUCCUUAACAAUUAUUACAUCAACUACGGUAAUGGACACCUGGAAAAGGAGGCUGAAUUCAUACAGCGAUGUAUGGAUAAUCUGACUAGUGCUCUUACUGAUAUAGAAUCUAAUCCAGAGACCCAUUUACUGGUAAUCCAAAGAGGCCUGGUUCUCCUGAAAAACCACUUGGAGGCCUUCAGGAAGCGGUAUGCCUACCACUUAAGGAAUUGGCAGAUUGAGGGGAAGGGGAUAAGAAGUCAUCAGAGGAACAUACAGGAGAAACAGUCCAGUCCUCUACGCCUUGUGUUACAGCCAGCAGGGAUGGCGGACAAGACUCAGCUUGAGAUGGUGUCUACAGACUUAGUGGCUGAGUUGAGAGCAGAAGUAGCUCGCUGGUGGGACGGACUCCAUAAACAGCAGAUGGCCCGACACCAGGCCGAGAGUGGUAGUCAUGGAAACGCCAUGUUGUCUCCUAUCCUGGGAGCCAUGUUAGGGGAUGGACCAAUCAGAAUGAUAACACUGGGACAAGAGCUGACCGUGGACAUGGAUGAAAAGUCGUUAGGAGAGUUACAGUUCAAAGACAACCAGUUGGUGUUUGUGUCGGUGGGAGCCAGUCGACCCCCCAGGAAGACGGACGGCAGUUUGUCGUCCUCCAGCCUUCCCUGUCCAGUUCCUGAGAGACUGCCCGUCAUGUUACUGAUCACUGAACCACACUUCAACAAGCUCUUCCUUCUGCUGGAGCAACUUGGCAAGCUACAGUUCACAAUUCCCACUAUGGAAAGCCAGGAGAGAUGGGGUCUACAGACAAAAGCCAGGGUGUUGUCUAGGAAGGUGUGGGAGUUACUGAUGUUACUCCCCACCAACCAGAACAUGUGGGACGGAUUUAAGAGUCUCAUGUCUGAGGAGUGUAAUGAGCAGACAGUGAUAUGGGAUAAACUGCUAGAUUCCCAGAGCCCACACAAGUUAAUGUACUCCCUACAGAUCGUAGAAGCUCUCUCCCGUGGAACAAAACAUCGCAGAAGGUCCAUCAUGAGGAUGGGAGGGGGAGACUCGAGGACCACCAGUACAGACUCAGAGUUCGACACACAGGACGAGGAGAUCUGGAGCAUGAAGUUUAUCUCCAAAGGUGGCUUGAAGCACUUGUUGAACAUCUUUAAAUCUGGGAGUCUACAGGCACAGGAGGAUGAGGCCUGGAGUCAGUGGAACCAGGAAUGCCUGGCCUACCUGCUGCGGUUAAUCAGCCAGUUUUCUGUGGAGCUCUCAGAUGCGGAGGCCGGACAUGAUGAUGUGUUUGAAUCCUACGAGAGCCCCAGGAAGAAGAUGAAAAGACACAAAGGAGGAAGUGAGCGGAUCAUUAUCCCCAGGCUUAAUCAGUCCACUCUUGCCAUGUUGAACAUUGAUUCAGUCCUGAAAAUCUUGAUGCAGAUCCUGUAUGAUGCAGCAGUGCCCAGUGACACAAAUCAAGUCCACACUGGCACCUGGGGAAGAGCAGAAGUGGUGCAUUAUUCCUUGUCUUUCCUGGUAUCCUGGGCCUACUCCUGUGAUGACGUCAAACAAGCUUUGUGUACAUCCUCCAAUUUUGUUCCCUGGUUAAAGAGACUUACUCUUCAGGCUCCAGAGCCAUUUGUCAGACGAGAAGCCUGUAUGGGUCUGUACCGUCUAUGCCUUGGUAAGACAGCGGAUGGGAAGACAGGAUACACUCUGUUGUUACCAACCUUAGCCAGUCUUCUGAGCUUCCUGGAGGAUGCAUUGUCCAUAAAACCAGUGAAGAAUCUGGAGGUUGAGGGAUUAAAGGAGAAAGAAAAGGAGCCCCCAGGCCCUGGUUGUAGGGACUAUUUCUGGCUAGUGUGCAGAUUUGUGGAUAGCAUAUCUAAGGAUGAUGCAAAGUCGGACUCGCAGGACAGCAUCGUUAACCUGAAUCAGCUGGCCAAACAAGUGUCCCAGCACGUACUGGACCGGCCAUUUUACGAGACUCGACAUGGAUUUGAAGAAGACGAUGGCUUGAUUGGUAUUCUGAAUCUCUGUACAGCUGUGAUCAAACACAAACCCCCAUUUAAGACCUCUCCAGAGGGCCAGAAAUUUCUGGAUGAGGUUUUCUGGCUCUUGUUUGCUCUUCCCUCCCCAACCAAGCGUUACCUCCCAAAGUGUAAGAGUCAGACCUCGCGGUCCUCUGCCUAUGAUUUACUGGUGGAGUUUGUCAAAGGCUCUGUGGAGAACUACCUGAUUCUGCAUAAGAGGAUGAUGCAACAGCACACAAAAGAUUCCCAUGCCCCCUACCUGUGGGAUUACUGGCCACAUGAUGAUGGGCGUUCUAAAUGUGGUUAUGUGGGGCUGACGAACUUGGGAGCCACCUGCUACAUGGCCACCUGUAUGCAACACCUGUACAUGAUUCCUCAGGCCCGGCAGUCUGUCCUACAGGCCAAGUGUCCUAAGACAAACCUGUACGAGGGCACAUUAACAGAGCUACAGAAAAUGUUUGCCUAUCUACAGGAAAGUGAGAGGAAGGCGUACAACCCGAGGAGUUUUUGUAAGACUUACACAAUGGACAAGCAGCCACUGAACACUGGAGAACAGAAAGACAUGACAGAAUUCUUCACCGAUCUCAUCAGCAAGCUGGAGGAAAUGUCUCCUGAUAUGCAUACACUAGUGAAGAAUCUGUUUGGAGGAGUUCUCACCAACAAUGUAGUGUCCUUGGACUGUCCCCAUGUUAGCAGAACUCUGGAGGAAUUCUAUACAGUCCGGUGUCAGGUCACAGACAUGAAGAACCUCUAUGAAUCUCUAGAUGAGGUGACGGUGAAGGAUAUGUUAGAGGGCGACAAUAUGUACACUUGUUCAAAGUGCCAGAAGAAAGUUCGAGCUGAGAAGAGAGCCUGUUUUAAGAAAUUACCAAGGAUCCUUUGCUUUAACACAAUGCGGUACACAUUUAACAUGGUGACCAUGAUGAAAGAGAAAGUGAACACUCAUUUCUCCUUCCCUCUCUGUUUGGACAUGUCACAGUAUAUGGAGAAAAACCUGAUGGGGCCAGACAAACUCAGGGAUGAUGAUGAAGAUGACAAGUUUCUGGUUCAGAGUGAAGAAGACGACAUCUUCGAGUAUGAGUUGAUCGGGGUGACUGUUCACACGGGGACAGCUGAUGGCGGCCAUUAUUACAGUUUUAUACGGGACAAACUUCACAAGGCAGAAAGUGGGCAGGAUAAGUGGUAUUUAUUCAAUGAUGCUGAGGUGAAACCGUUUGAUCCAAGUCAAAUUGCAUCAGAAUGUUUUGGAGGAGAGGUCACAAGUAAAACAUAUGAUUCUGUCACAGAUAAGUUUAUGGACUUCUCAUUUGAAAAGACAAAUAGUGCCUACAUGUUAUUUUAUGAGAGAAAGCCCCUUGGCAGUAGAGCUGAAGAAGAAAUCCGAAUCAUAGAGCAGGAACAGCCAACUAAAUUUAAUUUUGAGUUGACCAAGGAACUAGGGGAGUGGAUAUGGCAGGAUAACACACAAUUUCUACAAGACAACAACAUCUUUGAGCACACAUAUUUUGGGUUUAUGUGGCAGAUCUGUGGCUACAUUCCGACCACUCUACCCAAGGACCCAGAAACCCAGGUAUCACUCAAAGCGGCCCAGCUCAGCACUUCCUUUGUUCUAGAAACAUUGAUCCACUCCAAAGAAAAGCCCACAAUGCUGCAGUGGAUUGAGCUUCUAACAAAGCAGUUUAAUUCCUGUCCAGCUGCAUGUGAGUGGUUCCUGGACCACAUGGCAGAAAGUGACUGGUGGCCACAACAAAUCCUCAUCAAGUGUCCCAAUCAGAUGGUCCGACAGAUGUUCCAACGCUUACUUAUACAUGUCAUAUCACAACUCAAACCUGCCCAUGUUGAUUUGUAUCUUCAACCAUUAAUUGAAAGUGAUGAUGGUGAAAUAGAUGUAUCAGAGCUGGGAACUAAAUCCUGUGUGACGAGGUUCAUAAAAAAGAUGCUCUCUAUUCUGGAUCACGGUGUGAGGCCUCACAGUAAAUUCCUGACAGAGUACUUCGCCUUCCUGCUGGAGUUUGCUAAGAUGGGAGAUGAGGAGAGUUUCUUUUUGAUCAAUGUGAAUGCUAUAUCUACAAUGGUUAACUUCUAUCUGGGCCAGAAGCAAGCCGAGACCUAUGUGGAAAUUCCAUCAGACGAUGAAGAAGAGGAAGUCAUUACAAUCACCGAGGAAACUUACAAACCAAUGUCCCUGGAGAAAAUGGUGACGCUAAUCGCCAUACUGGUAGAGAAAUCCAGGGGAGAGAACAACCAGCUGCAUAUAUCAGACAAGGAUUACACGGCCAUCAUCGGGGGGAAGGGCUUCCCCUUCCUGUUUAACCAGAUUCGGGACAGCAUUAAUGUCAGACAGACCUGUAACCUCUUGUUCAGCCUCAGUCGAUGGAACGAACAAUUAGCCAUUGCUUUGGUGCAGAUGGUUUUUAAUGCUAUUAAGAAGUUAAAUUUUGAGCACUCGCAGCCAUUUUUCAAGCUGAUGUCGAUGUUGGUGGAAUUUGGAGCUGGUCCCCCAGGCCUUCCUCCAUUCACUCAAUAUGUCCUACAGAAAUUCUGGGAGCUGACAAAGUGUUGCCCUCAGCCCUGUCUGGAGUGGAUGGCCGCACAAGUGACCAGAAACCGACUGGCCAGUCAGUGGGUCCUGAGUCAGAUGGACAUCUGGGUAGAGCCAUACCUCCUGGCCAAUAACAACGCCCGGGUCAGGAGUGCCGCGGCCUGCCUUCUGACCUCUCUGGUACCCAGUACUCACUUCAGAAACACCUUCAGGCAGACUAGGAACCUCCUCAGUCCUCACAAAGAAAUGACGAUGUCAACUGAAGCCAUUAUUGUGCUCCAUCAGAUAUAUGAACAUCUGUUGAGUCUUUUGGUGAGAGCGAGGCUUUACGCUGAUGCUCAGAAUCAUGGAACGACAAAACUGAUCAGUUAUUUUGCUGUACUUACAUUUUGUUUGAUCUCAAAAACAGAAAAACUAAUGUUUAACAAGUACUUCCUGGAUCUCUGGAACUUAUUUCAACCUAAGCUGUGUGAACCUCAGAUUUCCAUGCAUCACAACAAACAGGCACUUUUAUUUUUCUGGUACCAAGUGUGUUUGGAUUGUUCGGAAAAUAUUAAAUCCAUUGUGAGCAAUGCUAGUGUGUGCAAACAAAUAGCAUACAACUACAUUCUAGCGGACCAUGAUGACCAAGAUGUGGUGAUGUUUAAUCGUAUCAUGCUGCCAUCGUAUUAUGGUUUGUUGAGGAUGUGUUGUCAGCAGUCCCGUACGUUUACACGACAGCUAGCUCAGCAUCAAAACAUCCAAUGGGCUUUCAAAAACAUUUCCUGUCACCCUGCACAAUAUACUGCGGCAGUGGAGGAGCUGUUUAAGAUGAUGAGGCUAAUGGCCACAAAGUACCCCGAUAGCUCAGAGGAGGAGGUUCAGGCUGUCAACCAUUUUAAGCGGACCACGAUUCGCCUAUACCUAGAUUUCCUGGAUGCUCGCUCAGGCUGGCAGACUCUGAUCAGUGCUCUGAAGAUUUUGAUUGACAAUCAAGAUGACAGGUUGCUGCUACUCUAUCACAAGGGGCUGCAGAUGAUAACUGAAGCCUUUAACACACUGCACGCCAUGUACCACGAGGCCACGGCUUGUCAUGUGACAGGAGACAUAGUGGAACUGCUAGGGAUUCUCCUUCCUGUUCUAAAAGUAGCCCGAUAUUUCCACGAACGCAAAGGUUCAGCCUCUAACGACAUGAACACUGUCCUGCAGAACUGGAAAGAGAGAAUGGACUUCACAAAGAAGUUACUGACCUUACUGAAUUCUUACACACCCCCAGAAAUCAGAACCAGUGCUAUAGAUGUUUUGCGUGAUUUGGUGCUUACUUAUCAGAGUGAAUGUGUUCACACAAUAGUUCCUGUUCUUACACAAGUUCAUCUAGCUUUCCAAGAAAGCAACAUCCCAGUUUCUUCUCCUGGGCCUUAUUUUCCCAGAAGAGGUCAGAAGCCGAUAGGUCCCAAAUCUAACAUCCGUCCCCCGCGCCCGCAGUUCAACAUGAUGUUACAUUCUAGUCAGAUAGAGGCUACCAAGGGUGUUGAUGAGAUGUAUGAUGCUGCUUUAGCGGAGUUUUUCACCCCGUAUCACAUGUUGGUGGAUCUUAUCUGCCGAGUAGCUGUUAAUCACCAAAGUCUUUCAGAACCUAUAAUAAACCUAAGUGCUAUGGUUGCCAUUGAGGGGGUUCCACUACACUCCCCAUAUUUUGCAAAGUUAUGGUUUGAAAUCUAUCAUUCUGAGGUUGACAGGUCCUGUAUCAGGACUUUAUGUAAUUGUAGCUACUUUAUUGAAUAUGUGGACUCAGUAUUACUUGACGAGAGGUUGUCCCUUAACAACCAUAAUAUCUACCAGUUCUUCUGUAACUUUUUUCCUAAGGUUCAUCAGCAAGUUUUGAGUGAUCAAGGGAGAUCCUUACUGGACAGCCUUGUAGCAUCUGUUACAGCCGAGAAAGCAGCCAUCGAAAAUGUCCGUUAUGAGAAAGAACUGACAAGCAUUUGUCAGAGGGUAAAUGGGGACUUGAGAGCUAUGCUAUUAAUAUUUUCUGUCCAACCACCCAAAAAUCUAAAUCCCUUGCUGGAGGACAGCCUUCAUUACAUUCUACAAGUUUGUCGGGACCACCAAAAGCAACAGGAGAAUGCUCAUCAAUCCCAGAAUUCCCUAAAAAGGUCAACUUCUGACCAAAGUCAGAGUGAAAAGGAGGAGGUUAAAGACCAAGAAACACCUUCUAAGAAGCGACGAAUAAGUAAGGAUGAAGAAGGUGAUGAAAAAGAGACGAAAGUUUCAAAGUCUGAGGAUCAGUCUAAAGACCCAAAAGCAGAAAAGUCCCAAGGAGAAGUUUCUGAGACCAACAAGAGUGGUAGUGACACUAGUCAAAACAAAGCAGAACCUAGCCAAGAACAGACAGACAAACCAGAGGUCAAAGAGGCCAAAGAGGAAGAACCUUGCACCUCGGGUCAAAGUCAGAAGGCUGAGUCUGCUGUGUGUGAAGAAACUCCACGAAGGAAAAAUGCCACAAUGGUGGAUAUUGUUGCCAAACAUAUCGAAAGCUUGUUUGCAUUGAUUGAAAAGAAACAAUGAGGAAACAUAAUCUUUAGAUAUCACUGCCUGAAAAUUACUGUAAAGAAGUGAAAGCUGUUGUUUUUGAGGAUUGUAGUAUUUUAAAUCAUGAAUUAAUUGAUUGCAAAUUCCAUGAAAGAGAGACAUGUUUUAAGGACUUUAUAUGUAUGUUCAAAUACAUGAAUGUUACUGGUAUAUGUAUCGGACAUAAAUUCAAUUUGCAAUCAAAUCUACACAGAUCGUUCAGUUAAAAAAUGCAUCUGCACCAUACUUGUUAAACAGCGACCCUGCAUAAAUUUCUCUCUUACAUUAUAUGAAUUGUUCUAAGACAUCUGUCCUGUCUAUAAAUUGUGACUUGUGCAUUUACUGAGGUGUUCUUGACAUAUUAUACAGGUAUAAAUGAUUGUUGAUUAGAGAAUACAAUGUUGAAUGAGAAAA